AUGAAAAAGCAGAGCAACUCGCUUAAGGGAAAGCGCCGAGAUGACGGGCUUUCUGCUGCUGCCCACAAGCAGAGGGACUUGGAGACCACGCAGCAGAAGCAGAAAAAGGCAAACACAAAGGAGGACCAGGUAGCUUUGUGGCUUUCUGUCCAACCCUCUUGCCCUCCUCCGCCUGUGUGCCUGGAGCCAGUCCUACCAGGCUCGGCGUUCCUCCUGUAG